UGCCAACUCUUCAGUGAGGAAAGUCGCUAUUGGCUGUUCUAAAAGUCGCUAGAUGACGUCAUCGCCUAAUUUGCAUACCCGGAAGUAAAAAUCCCAUUCAUUUUCUCCAUAGCCAUAGCGGAUUAUUAUCAUGGACCUAUUCUAAGAGAUUAUUAGCCCUAAUUUCAUCACCAUCUAAGGGAGACUUAUAUGACUUGAUACAAGGUACUGUACAUGACACAAGUUUGCAUGGUAUCAACCUCGUUUUAAGAAAAACAUAGUUUAUUGGCGAUCUCUGGAAGAAGAACUACACUACCCAUGAUCCUUGAGCGUCACACCGACGUCUCUGAUUGGUGGAGCACGGCGUCGUGACGUCGUCACUGAAACGUUUCCCGCUCGCGCGAAAAGUGAGCAAGAGAACAAUGAGGUAAGAACCUUAGAAGAAACGCCAUGGACAUGGACUGUGCACGACAGGUGUGGAGGGAGGUCUGAAGCCAAAAACACAGACAGGCUGUGCUAGCUCACAGAACCAGUGACUCUUCAUCGUCACUCAGGCUCUCCACUGCAGGUUCAGCUGAAGGAGCUGCCUUGAAUGAAUAAGCAGGAUGGAGUUCAGGGUUUGCAAGGACAUCCUGUUCCUGAGUUUGGUCUUCACCACACUCAUCUGGCUGAACACUCUCUCAACUUCAGCAUUUGAGUGUGGCAAAGACAACACAGCCACAGCAGCCAUGGCGAGUUCCUGGAAUGGAUUGAGACCAGCUGCGUCCCUGAACCUCCAAAUCUCACUCCAGAAGCUCAGCGUGUUCUUUUUCUCAGUCCAGACACUGAGGUGGAUGGUACGCCAUUGCUGGACAAUCUUGUCUAUUGCUUCAGGCAGUCUCAUCCUCAGCUCAUUGGUGAGGGAGAUAGUGAAGGCGACACACCGUUUUCUGACAUUCUGCUCAUCGUCAGGCGCAAGGUGGAGCUCAGCUGCCUUUGAAUCAAAAAGGAAACCGAGGUAUGGAACAGGACUUAUGUAUCCAUCGAGAGGCCCUUUCAAGACAUCCACCUUUGCCAGUGGAUUCAGGACCCUGCUGCUCACAGACUUAAUGAGGCUCACCAAGCUGUCAAGUAGCUUGAGAGGAUCGACCUGCUCUCCCUCAAACGCUUUCAUGGCCAACUGUACCUCUCCCAGCACUGACUUCAGAAAGGUACUCCACACUGCGUGGGAUCGUCUCAUUCGAUGCAUGGGUGACAGCAAGCUGCAGGGAGUGACACGCACAACGGAUGAGGACCAGAUCUUUAAGGCCAUACUCAUGUUUGAGCACUGCAUGGACCCCAUUAUUUAUCCCUGUCAUUACAGAGGCAUUGUCAGUCCCUAUCCCAAGGAGCUUCUCUUUAACAAGAGAGCACUUUUCUAAAAAAGCCACCACAGCACGGGCAAUAGAAUGUGCAUCUCCUCCCUCCAGCUCAACAAGCCCCAGAAAUGUAGAUACCACUGUCCCUUUAGUUUCACUAAAGUAUCUGAUGACAACACCCAGGUACUUAGACACACUGAUGUCUGUGGCCUCAUCGAGGAGGAGGCUAAAAUGCUGCUCACCCACAUCUGCCACCAACUUUUUCAAGAAGUAAGGUGCUAGGACACCAUUGAUCAUUUCAGUGCACUUAGUCCUGUGCAUUCUGAAAUGCGAAGCAGCAGCGGAGUCAGAAAAGGCUGACCUACAUGCUUCCCCAAUGUGGUCACAUGCUAGGAGGGAGCAGUGUUCAGCAAUGGCUAAUGCUAUGGUAGCCUCAGCCUUUUUGGAGCUAUCAAUUUUGCCUACCAUAAAUGGCAGCGUUGUUUGUGCUGCUAAGUUAUAAGGCUUUGCCUUUUGAAUGUGUUUUAGGGUUGUACUGUGUUUCUUCACAUCACUGAUUUUAGCAUAGAAAUCCACUUUGCAGUAAUGGCAGUAUGCUCGUCCAAUAUCUCCAAUAAAUGGCUUUAACCAUCCCUUAAAA